UGACGUGCCUCCCACAUGAACAUACGUGGACUUCCACAAUAAAAUUUUUAACUAAUUUUUUUAUUCACUUUCUUUUGCUUCUUUGGGCCGCCGUCCUGCAAAACCCAGCAAGGCUCAGCCGGAGCAAAUUAUUAUAUAUCUACCACCGUUCACAACCCCCUUGUUUCCCCUCUCUCUAUAUAUCUACCUGUGUGCUUGUGCUUGCAUCUAAUGCUUCAACACCUAUAGGUCUAUUGGUUUCCAACUGAGUUUUCUUAUACAGAGGCGAAGAAGAACUACCAUGGACAAAGAAAACGCCUAUAGUACUGAUUUUAAUUCCAGUUUCUGUUUCCCCGCUGAGUUCCCUUAUGAGUUUGAUUCGUUUGGUUCUUGUGCUUUAAGCUUCCCGGUUGAAUCCGUUGAGGGUUCCACCGAGACGGAGAGCAGUGACGAGGAUGAUUUCCUAGUUGGCUUGACUCGACGCAUGACUCAGCAACUCGCUGUUGAGCCUAACAAGAAAAAGUGGGUCAUGGCCGGGUCACCUGAAUCUACACUCGGUGGAAUUGGAAGUUGGUCGCUUUCAAGCAACGGCAGUUCAAACGGUGAGAUUUCCCCUCCGAAGACGCCCUUUGGGGUGAAAGGUGAUCUGGGGGACCUGAUAUAUGCGGCUGCUGGUCCUGUAUCGAGGUUAAAGAUGACUAAUGAAAGCAUCAGGAACAGUUGUUAUCAAGGGAGGGAAUUGCUGGGUCCUGCAAGGCGCCAAAAUCCAGAUACUGUAGGGGAAAAUAGGAGUACUGGGUUUUUGUCGAGCCAAAGUUUUGGUCACAGUAUUUGGGCGUUGAAUCAGUAUCAAUUGAAGCAAGAACAAGUGCCAAAGCCCUUGUGCCCCGCAGUUUGGGGAAGGCAGCAAGUGAAGGAAGGCUGGCAAGAUGAGCAUCAGCACCAGCAACAAUACCAAAUCCAGAGGACAGGGAGAAGCAUUAUGGGCUAUGACAAUGAGAGACGUAUGUGUCCUCUGGGUCUGCCUCAGUCUGCUUGGCCUCCUCUUCAAGUGCGAUCAAAUCAGCACCCACACCAACACCAUCAGCAAUCACAGUAUGGUUCAGGCAAGAGAGCUGUUUUUCUCAGUGGCUCUAAUGCUACAAGAGAAUGUGCUGGUACUGGUGUUUUCUUGCCUCGCGGAUACACCAAUCCCUCUGCUUGUAAGAAGAAAUCAGCUUGCUCCACAGUUCUGGUCCCAACCAAGGUUGCUCAGUCUCUAGAUGUGAGCCUUGAGGACUUGAAGAAGCAUGGUCAUACCAAGCCACGCUUUAAUGGUGCUUUUGGCUCUGAUUGUGAUGCUUUGAUGGAAAGAAAUGGCCUAUUGGCACCGCAGAAGGGAAAUUUAGGCGCAGAGAGUGUUCGCGAUCAUGAAAUAUGCCUGCCUCAAGAGUGGAUGUAUUGACCCAAGAAUUCAACUCACAGAAGCUUACAAGAAACAAGAAUUGUUAUAGAGGUAGCAGAUUCAAUUAAAGAAAUUCAAGAUUGCAAGUUUAAAAGAAAUAAAAGCAAUAAGAAAUCCUGGUAUUUUUUCAAGGGAGAAGUCUGCAGCAAUUACUGGGCAUAGUGUGUUAGAUAAGAAAAUAGCAGCAAGAAAGAAAAGUAGCAAUAGAAGAAGAAAUUAUAUUUUAAUCCUCAAAAAUACUAAAAAGAACAGGUUAUGGUUAUUGUUAUUGGUGGGUAUUUUAUUUUAUUGAAAUUAUGGUGAAUAAUAUGUAUUUAUUUUUA